AUGACCUUAUUACCUGAUGAUGAUUCCCCUUCCAUUUCCGUGAUUAUUACAGAUGAUCAAAAUCAAGAAAAUAAUCCUCAGAGGUUUAGAGGUAUGAUGAACCUCUUAGGUUCUGUGGAUGGCUUGUUUUAUUUUGAUGCAGCCGUCUAUUCCUGUUCCAGGGACUCAUGGAGAAUUUUCAGGCCUAAAGAUCUCUACUUAUUAAAAAUUAAAGAUGUUGUGGAACACAUAUAUGGUAAUGCUUAUUUGAAUGGAGCUUAUUACUGGCUGCUAACAGGGAACGAUAACUGCAGCAUUCUUUCAUUUGACUUUGGGAGUGAGGUGUUUGAAGAGAUUGGAGGGCCAGAUGAUCACUCUGUUCAUAAUUAUGUGUUAGGUCUGAUGUUGCUUGAUGAUUCCAUAGCCAUCUUGAACAUGUUUAAAAGUUUUGUAUUCGAUAUAUGGAUAAUGAUCCAACCAAGGAUUUGGAACAACCUGGUUACCUUUCAAUGCUUCACAGAGAUUAAGUCUUGCUUUGAUAGCUCUCUCAUUUUGGUAACUAGAGUUUUUCGACUGGUUUCCUAUAAUGUUCGGACAAAGAAGACGAGGCAUCUUGGAUUUCGCCAUUCGGGCCUGAAGAGAUUCACAGUACUUGGUGGCUGUGGGGUGUAUUGUUAUAAGGAGAGCUUAGUAACAAUGAAACGUGGAGAGGUCGGCCAUUAA